AUGUCAUCUGACAGCCAUCAGCUCCACACCCAUUGCUACCAGGACUCACUAAGUUCUACUUGUCACAGUCUCUUGAAUGUCAAUUGUCACCCCCUGUCCAAGAGCUCCUCAAAUCUGGCCUGUAUUGGGUACUCAAGGAGUUUAGAGGAAAGGCAAAACAAACAGGAGCUGAAGAAAAGCCAUAGCAGCACCAUCUGCCAUAUCCUGGAAAACAGGAGUGAUGCAAGGAGUGUGCAGAGUCCUGGAUGGUCCUCCUCACAGUCUGGGAUGAUGGGGCUUGAAUCAGAGGCCCCAGCCAUAAAUGACCAGUCAGCCAAUGACCAUUCAGAGGGAAGAACUAAGAAUACAACCCAUGUUCUUGUCACUGAACAGUCCUCAGCAUCCUGGGGAAUGGGGGACACUAAGAUGUGUGUGAAGAGCAGCACUGCUGAGAAUGUUUCUUCAGCCUUCUUUGUUCACCAGCAAGGCAUGUGUAAAAUGGAAGAAUCAGGAACUGCCCUUCAGAGAAGCCACUCAGACCUAACCUGCAGCUGCAAACAGCAGACUCAUGACACUCACAUAGAAACCAGUGCUACUCACUCCAGCCUAAGCUCCUCUGGCUGCAGGCACGGUCCGCCAGUGGCUAGGAUGUCUUUCCAAACGCAGAGAUAUGGAUCAGAAACAAAUCAAAAUACAUCUCACUAUCAAAACCUUGUGACUCAUCUUCCAGUCCUACCUAGAGACCAACAAGUACCCACAAAUACCUUUGACAGUGGCAGUAUUCCACGUAACACUACUGUUUACACAGAUCCUGGCACAUUUCACACUGCUGUCCUGGGACCCCACAUGCCUGGAAAUGGUUUCCCAAACAGGACAACAUUCAGUCAAGCCCCUGGGAUUAUUCAUGGUGGUCUGACUUAUGGUAGUAUUCCAAACUCUGUGUACUCCCCCAUGGUGAUGACUGUUCACAACUCAGCAGGGCCCUGCAGUCUCAGGCAGGAUGCCUUGAAGGCAGACGCCACCAUCCCGGCCUAUUGCCACUCCUUGCCCAUCCCAUCCAUCCAGCUCAUCCCGCAGUUGGUAUGCUCCGUCAGUGAGACAGGAAAAGAGCAGGCAGCACCUGGCUACUUUCAUUCCUUUUCUGCUUCUGACAUUCUGACAUAUCCUAAGCUGGUGUCUUCAGUAAGUGAAUCGGGUCUGGAUGCCAAGAAAAUCCUGAAGUGCUGUAACGUUCCUGGAGAACAACUGCAACCUGCUUCGCCGGAGAGAGCUCCUCCAGAAGCCAAGGCUGCCCACAUUGCUCUGAGCAGCCAGCAAGGUGCAGACAUGGCAGUGACAACUAAGGAUAUGUGGACUAUGACUUCUAUGAAUGACAUAACCAAAGGCCUGAAACCGGCUCUGGAGCGCAGAGAUGCCGAGGUACAAACUCUUCCAACCAUGGAAUGCAAAUCAGUGGCAACAAGCCCAGCAGCUGCAGCAGAAGGUCACUCACAUGUGUUCCCAGAGGUGAACCUGGAGCAAGGCUUGGAAGCCCCCAAAUCUCCAGUUCGUGAAGUGAGAUGGGAUGAUGAAGGCAUGACGUGGGAAGUGUAUGGGGCAUCUGUGGAUCCAGAAGUCCUCGGGGUAGCCAUUCAAAAACAUCUCGAGUUUCAAAUAGAGCAGUUCCAGACAGAGCCUGCUGAGGCAGCUGAGAAAAGUAAUGAGGAGCCACCCACUGAAAAAACUGGGAAGAAAAGGCCUUUCAGGACAAUGAUGCAUUCCCUGAGAUAUUCAAGCUGUUGUGCUCGCUCCAGUACUGCAGUGGAGUGAGCACAUCUGUAGGGUGUAGGAUAGCUCUGCUGCUUUUAAAUUGUACAUAAAGCUGACUCUUAAGUGUGAACACAGUAUGAGUGGACAGGCCCCAAGAAUGAGUGGGAAAAGUUCAGUGAUCAUCAAAUAUAGACUAAAGCAAGGAGAAGUCCAUGGCUGGACCAUAUAACAGAAAACAAAAGAUACUUAAAUAAUGCCAUCCAA